AUGGUCUCAACACAACCCCCAAAGGACCGCAAUGAAUUCAGAAUAGCAAUUGUGUGCGCUCUGCCUUGCGACGCUGAUGCUAUCACACUACUCUUCGACGAGUUCUGGGACGAGAUUAGUGCGCCUUAUGAGCGAUUAGAGACAGACAGGAACACAUACAUCACUGGACGAAUUGGACAACACAAUAUCGUUCUUGUCACUCUACCUCGCCCGGGGUGUACCAGUGCGGCAAGUGGAUCAGCCUACCUGACAUUAAGCUACCGCAAUCUCAAGCUUGCGCUACUCGUCGGAACAUGCGGAGGCAUGCCACGCAUUGGCAACAUUGAUGCAUACCUUGGUGAUGUAGUGAUUGGUAAGGAUGUUACGCAGCAUGACUUCGGCACCCAUUACCCGGGUGAGUAUGUCCUGAACGAUGCAGCCGAGAAUAUGAUACGAAGAGCAAGCAAGGAAUUGCGAAUCCUGCUGGCAAAUCUGCAAAUGGAAUUUACGAGAAACCGUUUGAAGAAAGCUGCCGAACACCAUCUGAAGGAUUUGCAAGAGGCUGCACGGAAAGCAGGGCGGAAAGCAGACUAUCAAUAUCCAGGAACGAAAGAGGACAGGCUCUUCCCCCGGGAUUAUCGUCACGAACACAAAGAGUCCUGCACUCUGUGUAAAGAUAAUGCCCACGGCUUUUGUGAAGCAAAUUACAGAUCUCCAUGUAUUGAGACCGGAUGUGACUUCUCAAAGUUGAUCCAUCGCCAUCAUCGAGACGAUCUCCCGCAAGGCGCAGAGUUCAUACCAGAGAUCCUCCUCGGACGGUUCGGUUCAGCAAAUAUACCUGUCAGAGAUGGUGUUUAUCGAGACGAAUUGGCUGAGAAAUAUAGCCUUGAUGCUUUUGACAUGGAAGGAGCUGGUAUAUGGGAUGAGCUCCCCACAUUGAUAAUUAAAGGGAUUUCUGGUUACGCGGAUAGUCACAGCAACAAGGCUUGGAAGGACUUCGCAUCCGCGACAGCAGCUUCUGUGGCAAGGGCCAUUCUUGGACGUUAUCCAAGCAGCGAUAUGGAGCCUCCGGUUCCUCUGCGUGGUAUGUACUGGUUCCUUUUCAUCGUACAAUAA